UGCGUUAGGUACUUGCAUGCAUUCGCUGCUUAUUCCAGCUCUUUACAUAAGCUUUUCGAGCUUUCUUUUAACAGGAGCUACAAUAUUUAAUCCUUUGUUUUGCAUACCGGUACCUACUCUCAGCCCUAAACCUGACAUGUUUUAACGGCUGCACUACGAUUUUUGGAUAUUACCUAGAGACUAACCGACUGACGCUAACGGAUACCACGGAGCUACUAUUAUCUUAAGAUAAAACAUAGUUUUGUCCACGAUUCUCUCGGCAGUCAAGACGGAGUAUCGCUUUGGCCUCGUAGCUAAUCCGGUUCGUCACUAUGAGUCGGAUAGGGGCCUGGCUUCGGGGUUCUGCUCCCGCCCCGAGCCAAACUUCAAGCCCUGCAGCCUCGCAAACAGAUCUUCGGGCUCGGGAGACAGCCUCCCUCGUGGAUGCGUUAAUUGCCACCUCUUUGAUUAUGAACGAUGACAUCGACGGUGCCGAAGAGAGGUUACGAAAGGGCGACUCGGCCUUCCACCUCCUUGGAAUGGGAAUCUGCACUUUCAUGAGGAGUAUCCUUGGAUUCGAAAAGUCAAUCAUGGCUGAAACUCUUAGUCGUCUUAACGAUUGCGAGACACGUUCAUUGAGUGAGAUGAAAAAAGCUCAGAAGGAGGCCGAGGCCGCCGGUAAAGCCGAAGACAGGAUAUACCCCCCAGGAAGCGAGUACGCCUUGGUCAUAGCUUAUGCAAACCUGAUGUCCGCCGUCGUCGCCGUUAUGAAUGAGAGUUUGACAGAAGGCCUAAAGGGGUUCUAUAAGCUGCGGAAGGCUUUUAUUACACUCGACGGGCUCGUGCAAGCGGAGACGGCGUAUCUGAAAAGAAAGGGGCUUCACUCAGAUUCAUCUAGCGACGGUACUGACACGGAUCUCGAAUUUGUGGAUGCGGAUGAAGCACAUUCGGGAACACAAACUCCUUUGGAUUAUGGUGGUCAUCUUACUACGGGCCCUGAUGCGGCCGAAAAGGAACUAAGUAAAUUGUCUUUAAAUUCUAACGAUACUUCUAAGUUACCAUCUACUAAAGGUAGUUCGGAGGUAUUCACCACCCCGGCCGACAUUUUUAUUCAUAGCGGUGCCAACAUGGCGUAUGGAGUCCUGUUAACUCUCCUUACCAUGGUUCCGCCUGCGUUUUCUCGCCUACUAUCUAUUAUCGGCUUUAGGGGGGAUCGUGAACGAGGCUUACAAUUGCUGUGGCAGAGUUCUGGGUUCAACAAUGUCAACGGAGCUGUAGCAAGUCUCAUGUUGCUCUCUUAUUAUCAUGGUCUUCUAAGCGCUGCCGAUAUCCUCCCCUUCGAUAACGACAGCGAAAAGAGUACUACUGUAGGUUACCCAAAAGCCAAGUGCAUUGCAUUGCUCGCCCAGAUGCGCUCGAGAUACCCGGAUAGCGGCCUCUGGCGCUUUGAGGAAGGUCGAGUACAGGCAAAUAGCAAGGACUUGCGAGGUGCUCUCGAGAUUUUAAAGAGCAAUACGGAGUCAAAAAUGCGCCAGGUCACAGCUAUCAACAAUUUUGAGAUGUCUAUGAAUUCCAUGUUUAUUCACGAUUAUCCCGACAUGCGCGACAAUUUCCUCCGCUGCAUCGAGCUCAACGACUGGAGUCCUACUUUAUACUACUACAUUGCCGGAUGCGCGGAACUAGAGAACUACCGAAAUGCAUUCCACAGUAAAGCGGAGGAGUCACAAAUCCAGUUACAUAAGAAGAAGGCAGACGAGCUCUUCAGAAAGGGGCCUACGUUAGCCGGUAAGAAGCGCUUCUUAGCUAAGCCGAUGCCGUUUGAGCUGUUCGUGGUUCGAAAAAUGCAGAAGUGGGAAGAGAGAUCCAAAGCGCUAGGAAUAGAUCUGGUAGAUGCUAUUGGUCCCAGCCCAUCGGAAGAGAUGACGUACCUUUGGAACGGAAUGAAAAAGAUGCAGCCCUCGGAGCUGGAAUUUUCGAACAAGGUUCUGUCCUGGGAUAGGUUAACAGCACCAAAGGAGGCGCGGAAGAAGAUAGAGGCAGAAUUAGACGAAGAAGCCGUGCGAAACGUCUGUCGAGCUGCCGUGGCACGAUCACUGGGUAAUAUUGACGAGGCACGCGAAUUGCUCGACAGCGUUUUAGCUAUAGACAGACUGGCAUUUAGAGGCCCUACGAAAGACGAUUACGCGUUGCCGGCAGCAAACUACGAGAUGGCAGUACUUGCAUGGAUUGAGAUACAAAGACCUGAAGUGCGAAGGGGUGACGACAAAGGGGACGAGGAGGAGUGGCUACGGGAGAAAACGGAGGAAUGCCAGGCUUGGCUCGACAAGGUAGCUAACUGGGGAGCGUUUACUCUGGACGCCCGGAUCGGCAUGCGUGUCCAGACUGGUAUGGAUACUGUGAGCUGGUACAAGAAGCAGUAUGGGUGGGCAAGCGCUUGAUUUUCGGCGUGGUAUAAGAAACUGCAUAUGGCAGCCUGACCACAUGCCUUCAGAUGGAAUCUUGUGGAUAGAUUUGUCGACCUUAGAUGCAGGUCGCCUUCACGGAGAAAAGGUUAGUUAGACAGUAUCGGGGCAUGAGCAAGAUGUCUUUUUCCCCUCAAGGGAAGCUAGGUAGAGGCGGUCAGGAUACUGGCGUUUUGGUCAUUGUCCACUAUGGGAAGAUGCAUUUAUGGUGGCAACUUGCAUGUUUCGUACAUAUAUUGGCUUUAUAUUAUGUGACGCGUGAGCAAACAGAGACGCAGAUGUAGUCGUGGCCGUGUUUCCAAAAACUUCUAGAUUCAACA